CACAUAAUCACAAUACAACAAAAUGUCUUUCCUUGAUCAAGUUAUUCCAUUGCCAUACGCCAAGGAUGCUCUUGCUCCACACAUCUCCCAAGAAACCCUCGAAUUCCACUACGAAAAGCACCACAAGGGUUAUGCUGUCAAGUUGAACGAACUUGCUCAAACUGAAACCGAAUUGAGUGGUAAGACCAUUGAAGAAAUCUUGUUGAAUUACAAGGGAAAGGCCUUCAAUUUGUCUGCUCAAGUCUACAACCACAAUUUCUAUUGGCAAUCUAUCGGACCAAAUGCUGGUGGCGUUCCAACUGGUAAAAUUGGUGAAGCCAUUGAAAAGAGCUUCGGAUCAUUCGAUAAAUUCAAGGCUGAAUUCAAUACUCAAGCUGUUAAUCACUUCGGUUCCGGAUGGGUCUGGUUGGUUAGACAAAAGGAUAAUAACACUUUGUCUGUUGUUUCUACUCAUGAUGGUGGUUGUCCAUUGACUGAUGGUGUUGUUCCAGUCUUGACUUGUGAUGUCUGGGAACAUGCUUUCUACAUUGAUUAUAGAAACAAUAAGGUUAAUUAUAUGGAACAUUUCUGGAAUGUUGUCAACUGGAAGUUUGCUGAAUCCCGUCUCUUAUAACUCUCUGAUCAGCAUAUUUCAAAAUUAUAAAUUUUAAUUUAUUUUCAUUAA